ACAAUAAAUAUGUGAAAAAAUUAUACUAACUAUUUUUAUUUACUGUGAAUCAAAAACUAGGCUUAUUUCGACACCUUAAAUGCAGGUUUGAAAAAAAAGUAUUCACGGUCAUGGUCAGUUUCUGAAUACGAUGUAUAUACUUCAUGAAACACGUUGCACGUUAUACAGCUUUGCCGACCAAGGAAAGUCAUCAUUAUGAUUUAAAACAGGGUUUUCUCUAGUUAUCACUUAACUUGCAACGGCAGUUAAGACGACUUCGUUGCCAAUUACUACUGUACAGACCCGUUCUGUCGACAGUUUUAGGACUUGUGCCACAAUUAUACUGACACUAACGAUCUUUUUCCUGAACGGGGUUCGAACAUACGACAAUUGGCUCAUACGAUUAAUGCCUUGUUUUUGGAAAUUUCAAUAAACUAUCGAAUAAAAGUCCAAUCAAUAUUUAUUCCGUUCUCACCUGAAGUUGAAACUGAGUUUGACGAUCAGUUUUAUCGUGUACACUCGAACCACCAGCGAGACCAGUUGAUCACCGUUGAUCGUGUCCCUCGAUGAUCGAGUGCUUGCUGCAACAUAAAAUCGGCUUUGCUAAACGCACACCUGUAGCAUAAAAAUAUCACUCUCGCAAGCUUAUGUUUUACAUUCUCUCUCGCUUAUGCACGAAGCGAUUUUGACAGAAAGCAUAAAGUAGCAGGCAGUGAGUGUAAAGAAAGAUGGCUCCUAGAUCAACAGGUAGUUAAUUGGUUCGACGGUGCGUUUGUUUUUCAGUUUUUCCAUUCGAAAAAUAUGUAGUUUCGCGAUUUGUCUAGUUUCAUUCGUUGGUUGAUUGAUUUCGCUACAGUUUAACGUACACCAAUCGUGGAAUGUACUCAGUUUCGGUUCGUAAAUCGGUGAAUGUUUUGUGUUUCGAUGUGGCUACAAGUGGAUUCUGUUUACGCCUCGGAAAAUGUUAACAUUGCUGAGCGAAUUGCGUUUCUGGUCCACCAAGGAGGACAUCAACAUCAAGGACACCGAUCUGGGAGCGAUCAAGUAUUCCGAAAAAAAGUCGGAAAAUGCUAAAUCAAUUUAUUUGGAAGGCAAGAAGCAGUACUUUGAGUCACGGGGGUUCAAAUGGAGCGUGGAUAAUAAAAAACCCAUCAAACUGAGAAAUGCGCUGCGAUUACUGGAAGAAGAAUUGCGACAGAAGCGGGUAGUCUUUUGUAAAUGGAAAAAUAAUGUCAUCCUGCAAAUCAUGCUGUCCAACGGACUGCUGAUACAUGUCGCCAUCAAUCCGUUCAACGGCGAUAUCAAUCGGGUGUACUUUGACAAGUACUUCAUCGGUAAACUGCUGACCGAGCACAUCACGGACGUUGUCAUCACCCACGCGCACAUCUUGAUCUCGUACAAUGAGAACCAAAUCACGUUCGUGCACUUGCAAAAACCAACCGCGAAGAGAAAUAAUUUGGAAAAGAUUAGUCUGAUGGAUCCGAAAAUCUAUAGUGUUAUAAUCGGAGGACCUACGACCAGAAAAAUUCCAAAGCAUCUCGUUUGCAGCAGUUCUCAGGAUCUCGUCAUUGUGUGGACCAAAUCGUCUCAGAAUGAGGUUUAUCCGUGGCGCCCGACCAUCAAAGACCAGGACCGGGCUAAUCUGCACGUGUACAAAUUGAACGGAUCGAAAAUGGAUCUGCUUUGCUACUACUGGACCGAGUAUGAUCCCAUUUCCGUGGAUUUUUCGCUGAUGAACGGAUUUCAGGUCCACUCGGUUGAGCAGAAGGUGUCCAAAAAGGGUGACGUCACCAUCGACAGCUGCAUAUACCAGAUUUAUAAGACAAAAAUGCGUCGCAUUGCGGUCACUUCCAUUCCGCUGCAAACGCAGGUCUGCUGCAAUGCGUUUAGUCCCGAUCAUGAGAAGUUGAUGCUUGGCUGCAUCGACGGUUCGAUUGUGCUGUUUGAUGAAGGCCGAGGGAUCACACAUCUGGUGAAGGCAGCAUUCAUCCCGAUGUUUGUCUCGUGGCAUAGCGAUUCCUCCGUUGUUAUGGUUGCCAACGAAAAGGGACAGUUUCAGUGCUUCGAUAUAGCUUUGUCGUGUGUGCGGGCUCAGCUGGCCAGCGAAGACGUAGUCCCAUCGAGUGUACUGGACCUGUCGAAUUAUUUCGUUCACCCGUCCAAUCUUGCCAAACUGUGCUGGAGCAAAAAACCGGAAAUAACGGAACAUUGCGAAAAGUACGCCGUCACGGAUUCCUUCCUAAUACUGGUGUUCGAAAAUGGGCCCAUCGGUUGCUUGCGAUUCGUCGGCAGCACCGGGUUGAAAGGGGAUAUUCAUACGUCCGGUCUAACCGCCGACGUGCUGAUCCACAAGUACAUUUCGUUGAACCAGGUUGAAAAGGCUAUCAACAUCCUGCUCAGUCUGAAUUGGGACACAUACGGAGCGAUGUGUCUGCUGUCGUUGCAUCGAAUAGCAAACUAUAUUUUUAAGCAACCCUUGGGAAUGGAAAGAGAACUGCAACUGCAGAAGGCUCUGGGAAGUUUCCUGGUACCUGUGAAACCACUGUGUUAUGAGACUGAAGUAGAGUUUGGCGACCAAGUCAACGAUAUCACCCUACGAUUCUUCCACUAUCUGCUAAGAAACAAAUCGUACAACAAGGCGUUCAGUUUGGCCAUCGACAUCAACGAUGCCGAUCUGUUUCUGAAACUGCACGACAAGGCAAAGCUCGACGGAGAUCUGGAACUGUCCAAGGAGGCACUGAAAAAGGUGGACGAUAUCAAUCGGAUAUGUACGGAUCGAAGCGACAGCGAACACUCGUUGUGUUCCAACUCGUCAUGUUCGCUAUGUGCGGAAAGUUUUGAUGACGAAGACGAUGAUGACGAAGGAGAAGACAUUGAAUCCGAGCAUGAAGUUCUACAAAUGCCACGCCCAGUUAAGGUUUCCACUCAAGACGCCAACAGUUUCAAAUCAUGCUCCACAUCGUCUAGCUCUUCGAAAUCUUCACAAAUUCGCAACGGUAGUCCCAAGCAUCCUCCGCUUCCGAAAACAACGGAAAGUAGUAGUAGCAGUAGUGUAGCUACGAGAAUAGGUACCGCUAAGUUACGUACCAAAUCGGAACUCAGCAUCGAUCGUCCUCCGUUGCCAUAUGUGCCUAAGAAAGCACCGACCACGACAAUGCAACGUAGCCAAACGGCAACAGCUCUGAAGCUUUCGAAGCAGCAAAAGUAUCGAAUUUCGGAAAGUAAACUGAAAGGAAAGUCGCUUAGUUCGAGUAACCUUCUUUCGAUGACGGACAGCACAUCUCCAUAUUUCGGAACAUCAAUCCAACGAGGGAAUGUACGUGCACGUUUAAAUCCUCGCGAAAAAGCAGCGAAACUGUACUCAUUGGCAGCCAAUAGUCUGUCGAUGGAACAGUUGGACAUAUCCACACGAAGUCCGAGACAACCAUUCUACGUUGACUUCGUGGACAAUCCUGUCACUGCUCGACCGCCUCCCAACGGGCAACAUGUGGUGAUAGACGUAAUUCCCAAACCUCUCGGUACGCUGCAAUCGCCGAAUACACUGAAGUAUCCCGCAACCAACAUACUGGACCAAACGAUCGGUAUCCCCAUAGUACAAGACGAGCCGGAUUUCGCUCGUCAUUCACGGAAACCUUGGUUCACCUCGCAAUCGUCUCAGUUUCGAAGUAUUCCUAACAGCUCCAAUGCAAACAAUGCUCCCCGCACUGUGAUCCAUCAGUACCCUCUGAUAUCCGGCAACAUUCCGUCCAAAUCACAGUCCAAACUUCACCAUCAACCGCAGCUUGAUGUGAUCGACCGAACACGGUUUCCUCGAAGAAAGGAGCCAAUGACGGCUUCCAUUCUUUCCAACAGUACAAAUUCUUCCUCCUCUGCGAUGGCUGGCCCAUCAACAGCCAGCUUUCCGCAACAACCGGGAAGCUCGUCUUCGUCUUCCUCGGCAAAGAAAGAAUCCGGGGAGAAAAAUAAGGUAAAAUUUUCCGACACCGUAACGGUUGCCGUAGUACCGGAAAUUCCCCGGAAAGACAAACUAGGUGAAAAAACACGUAAACCAACAUACAAUCCACUGAUAGCCGACCCCAAACGGGAACUGGCUGAAAGUUUACCACUGUGCCAUCCAAACGAUGAUUAUCUGAAGGAUUUCACUCCUAUGCAAGAUAUCAUCGGUAAUAGCAACGAGCAGGAAACCAACGAGGAUAACAAAAAGAUUCCCAACAUCAAAGUGGUCCAUUUUGGCGUUGUUUAGAAGCCUAUGCCUACGUUUUUUGUGGGUCCAAACUGUAAUCUCGACAGUGGUUUUGAAAAUCGCAAUACAAAUUUCUAUUCCGUCCAGUGAAGCUGAAUCAGUAUUUUAAAUAAAGUGUUUAUAACUGUUUGUUGAAUCUGCAUAUUUUUUGUAAAUAUAUAAA